GACCCUCCGUGCCGCACGAGGCGGGCAGCUGCGGCGCGGCGGCGGGCUCGCUGGGAGACGGGGACGCGGCCGCGGGCGGCGUGGCGCCCCUGCCGCAGCCGCAGAAGGCGGGGGGCUCCGGCGCGGAGGCGGAUGCCGCGCGGCUGGCGUUCGACCUGGCCGCGAGCGCGCACGACCUGGCCGCGAGGCUCGAAGGCCGCGGCAUCCGCGCCUCCUCGGAGGCGGUGGUGGCGCAGCUGCAGCAGGGCUGGGGCGAGAGCGUGUGC